AUUCCAAGCGUCCAAACCCCCCAUACAACCAACUCGCAACUCCUCGCGCGGUUCCUCGAUCGAAGUCUCCAGACGCCCAGCGUCGAUCGCGACGACGUACGCCAAGCCGCAGCAAAGCUCCGGCGGUGUGCGGUGAGAUGGCGGUGGUGUCAGCGCUGGCCAAGUACAAGCUCGUGUUCCUGGGCAACCAGGCGGUGGGCAAGACGGCCAUCAUCACCCGCUUCAUGUACGACAAGUUCGACGACACCUACCAGGCGACGAUCGGGAUCGACUUCCUGUCCAAGACGAUGUACCUCGAGGACCGCACCGUUCGCCUUCAGCUCUGGGACACAGCUGGGCAGGAGAGGUUCCGCAGCCUGAUCCCGAGCUACAUCAGAGACUCCUCCGUAGCCGUCAUCGUUUACGAUGUGACCGACAGGCAGUCAUUCUUGAACACGUCAAAGUGGAUCGAGGAAGUAAACACGCAAAGAGGUGGAGACGUGCUCAUCUUCCUCGUUGGAAAUAAAACUGACCUUGUCGACAAGAGGAAAGUGUCCACCGACGAAGGAGAAGCCAAAGCACAGGAGCAUGGUGCUAUGUUCAUGGAGACCAGUGCAAAAGCUGGGUUCAACGUCAAGCCCCUGUUCCGCAAGAUCGCUGGAUCCCUUCCAGGACUGGACGCACUUUCGUCAGGAAAGCAGGAAGACAUGGUCGACAUAAACCUCAGACCUGCCAGCGGUUCGUCGGCUUCAGGUGCAGCCGCGCAGCUGGAGCAGAAAUCAGGCGGUUGCUCCUGUUGAGACUUCGACAGUUUUGUGUUCAGAGAAGCUACAGCAGUACUGCAACAUCGAGUUAAGUACUUUCAGAGAGAUUAUGACGAAGAGUGUGUUUUCGCCCAGACGUCCAGUAGUGAUAUACUGACAUCCAUAGCGAGAAGCCAAUUUCUGUGUACAGAUUUGUUUAGCAA